AUGGAUCCAAAAUUAAAACUCAGUUCUUUUGAAGGUGAUCUUGUUUCUAAUGCUUCUAUGCAUCGCAGAUUGAUUGGUCAUCUUUUUUACCUCAUUAUAUCUAGCCCUGAUAUCACCUAUGCUGUCCACAAGUUAAGCCAAAUUGUGUCUCAGCCCAGGAAGCCUCAUCUGGAUGUAGCUCAUCACCUUUUGCAGUACAUCAAGGCAAGUCCUGGUCAAGGAAUUUCGUUCUCGACCCAUUCUUCCUUUCAACUACGCGCAUUUGUUGAUGCGGAUUGGGGCGCUUGUCUUGAUAUGAGGAAGUCUAUCACUGGUUUUUACAUAUUCCUUGGUGAUUCUAUGAUUUCUUGGAAAGCCAAGAAGCAGACUACAGUUUCUAAGUCCUCAGCCGAAGCUGAGUAUCGUGCUUUAGCCUUGGCCAUUAGUGAAUUGGUUUGGAUUUCUCAAUUACUUCUUGAUUUUCAGAUUACCAAACAGGAUCCUACUAUCAUGUUCUAUGAUAAUCUUACAGCAAUUCACAUUGCCUCAAUCCCAUUUUUCAUGAACGAACUAAACACAUUGAGAUUGAUUGUCAUUUUGUGUGGGAUAAGGUGA